AUGGCAAAGCUGCGCGCUCGGGCUCCACGGGCGCCCUGCGAGCUGGUGGGUGGGAGGGCCCAGCAUGGAACCCAGGACCGCCAGGCUGCCGAGCUCACGUUCCACCCUCCUGGCCGCUGCCACCUCCUGCGGGAGGGGGAGGUGGUCGGGAGGGCGUAUCGACCGGGCAAGCGGGGCUCCAGGCUGGGCACGACCACUGGCCCGAUUCGUGACCUCGGGCUUAACCUCUUUUCCUCUCGGGGCCUUGGUUUCUCCAGCUGUGAAAUCGAGGUAGCGCCAGCCCUGCCUACCCCCUCAAAGGCGCAUACCGAGCCUCAGAGGGUUUCCAUCACCCAACUCCAUGCUUCGAGUCCUGCUCUCUGCCCAGGCCUCCGCUGCUCGGCUGUCUGGCCUGCUGCCGCUCCCGCCAGUACAGCCCUGCUAUCUGGGGCCCAGCAAGUGGGGGGACCGGCCUCCUGGAGGAGGCCUCCAUGCAGGCCCUGUGCAAGGGCCACAGCAGCUUCUGGAACAGGCGAGGAGCCCUGGGGAGCUGCUGCGUUGGCUGGGCCAGAACCCAACCGAGUCUUACUUGGCUUCCCAUCAGAUGGGCCCCUGAUUUGUGCGCUGGAGCAGGAGAGAAGGUUCUACCUCCCUCCGAAGCCACCUCCCACUCUGCCCCCUGGCCUGCGCAGUGGGCAAAGAUUGGAAGCUGCUCUGAGCUGCCUUCGUUUCCUGAGGCGUCUGCCGCAGCACCUCAUCUGCAGCCUGGCAGAGACCAGGCCAGGGGAACUGACUCCCCACGUGAUGGUGCUCCUGGCCCCGCACCUGGCCCGGCACUUGUUGCGGGAGCCCCAGCUUCUGGAAGCCAUUGCCCACUUCCUGGUCGUCCAGGAAGCCCAGCUCAGCAGCAAGGUGGUACAGAAGUUGGUCCUGCCCUUUGGGCGGCUGAACUACUUGCCCCUGGAACAGCAGUUUAUGCCCUGCCUUGAGAGUAUCCUGGCCCGGGAAGCACGGCUGGCUCCCCUGGCUACUGUCAACAUCUUGAUGUCACUGUGCCAGCUUCAGUGCCUGACCUUCAGAGCCCUGCACUUUGUCUUUUCCCCAAGUUUCAUCAGCCACAUCAGCGGCACCCCUCAUGCCCUGAUUGUGCGGCGCUACCUCUCCCUGCUAGACACGGCUGUGGAGCUGGAGCUUCCAGGAUACCGGGGUCCCCGCCUUCCCCGAAGGCAGCAAGUGCCCAUCUUCCCCCAGCCACUCAUCACUCAUAGAGGAUCCUUGCAGCGUGCCCGCUGCAAGUACAGUCAUAAGGAUAUAGUGGCGGAAGGGCUGCGCCAGCUGCUAGGGGAGGAGAAGUACCGACAGAACCUGACUGUGCCUCCAGGCUACUGCAGCUCUGGUGCCGUGCUUCCCGUGAGGACCCAGGACCCCUUCCUACCCUACCCUCCCAGGUCCUGUCCCCAGGGCCAGGCUGCCUCUCAGUCCACCACCCACAACCCUGCCCAGAGGGUGGUGCUGAUGCUGCGGGAAUGUUGGCAUUUCUGCCAGGAUGGCCGAGUGCUGCUGGGCUCCCGGGCCCUACGGGAGUGGCACCUGGGCCCGCUGGGCUACCAGCUCCUGCCACUACCCUUCGAGGAACUGGAGUCACAGAGAAGCCUGCCCCAGCUCAAGAGCUACCUGAGGCAGAAGCUCCAGGCCUUGGGCCUCCACUGGGGGCCGGAAAGGGGAUGA